GUUUCAUCGUGUGCAAUCGUAUGCAGUCAGGGUGCGUGUUGGUUCGUGUUCGAGGGUCAUUAUGUUGUGAUGCGGUUGCAAAUUUCACGAUUUUUUCUCGAAGAACGAACUGUGCGAUGCAGAUCUGCGCGAUAUUACGUACAAUUCGUUGUUGCAGCUGAUGCGGUACACACGCAUCCUUUAAGUUUUUCCUUGAGCUUCAGCCGAACGUGCAAUUUCGACGUCGUGUAAGGACGUUUCCCGCCUCGUAACCGGAUUCAGAAAAGAGAUUGAAGUAUAAUGGCUACUCCAUCCAAGCGUAUUACACGCUUGAGGACUCGCGAGCCAUCUGUGAAGGCUACACUUGAAAAGAAGCCCAAACCUGGAAAAGUUAUUACUACCCGUAAAAACUCAAAGAGGAUUAAUGUUAGUGCGAAAGACAAAGCUGUUACUACCAAUAAAAACUCAAAGAUGGUUAGUGUCACUGCAAAAGGCAAAACUGUUGCUACCAAUAAAGACUCGAAGAAGGUUAGUGCUACUACAAGAGACAAAGCUGUUACUACCAGUAAAAACUUAAAGAAGAUUAAUGUUACUACAAGAGACAAAGCUGUUGCUGCCAAUAAAGAUUCAAAGAAGGUUAGUGUUACUGCAAAAGACAAAGCUGUUACUACCAGUAAAGACUUAAAGAAGGUUAACAUUAUUGCAAAAAACAAAGCUGUUACUACCAGUAAAGCCUCGAUGAAGGUUAAUGUUAGCACAAAAGGCAAACAUUUGGGUGUAUCAGAGAAAAAUACAUUUCUAAGAAAGAAUAAAGUGUCGCCAAGAUAUUUGCGUCCUCGUCAAAAUAAGAAAAAUUACUGUGAGGAUUCAAGGUUGAUGGAGCAAUUUAUCUUGCCAAAACAACAGGACAGCACGGUGGUAUUGGAGAAGUUGAAUGUGAAAGACAAGCAUGAGAAAGUACCCGUGUACAAAGCCAUGAAAUCUGACAAAUCCUCAGAGGACAAAAUUGACGUGUAUGACUUUAAGUUCGAUGCUAAUGACGCGAUGGAAAAAGUUAAGAAAAAACAGAGAAAAAGAAACAUUAACAGAGAAAAAGGCAAAAUAAGCAAGAAGACGAAAAAGAAGGUUACUGCACAACCGAAGAGAAUUGAAAUCAUUGAAUCUCCUGAGCCUAACGCGAAUGUUUCUGUGGAGUUUACACAAUGCGAUCUUCCUUUAGAAUCAGCUGUAGUAGUUGUAGAAUCGACGAAGGAAAAGGAGAUUAAGAAAUUAGAAAUAAUUGCAGACGUCGCCAAGAGAACUGAAACGUCAGAGAUGAAUGCAGAUAUUCAAACUGCAAAGGAAUCGAUGAGCAAAGAUAUCGAGAAGGAUGUUGAACAAGGAAUAGACGCGAACGUUCAAAUAGCGGAAAACUCGAUGGAAGAUACUGCGAGAAACAUAGAGACACAGAGAGCUGAUACAAAUAUUCAUGAUGAGACAACUUUACCUCGUGGAACACUUGCGAGACAAAUUAGAAAGAACAAUCCGAGCAAACCAAGAAUUAUAUCUGUCGAAAAUGCAAAUAACAUUAUAGUCACUAAAUCGCCACUUAAUACUGAAGAUUCACGGCCCUUUCGGCCAAAGAAUAUAUUUGAUAAUAAAACCUCGCUAACGGAAUCCAAUCUUACAUUGAGAAAUUCGUUGAUCUUCACGAAAACUUUGUCUCCUAUCCUGAAAACAACGAGCACCUACGAUUUCGGGAGUCCCUGCCGGCCUCCAAUGUUAAUGUUCUCUAAAACUAAACAUUUUAUUCAGAGUACACCAUAUAAGGAUGUUGAAACAAAUAAAGAAAUUAAGAAAAUAAAUAAAAACAGCGUGGAAACUAACAAGGAGAAUGUAAAAAUAAAUAAGGAGAACAUGGAAAUAGAUAAAGAGAACAUGGAAAUGGUUAAAGAAAAUAUGGACACAAAUAAGGAAAAUAAAGGCUGGAGGGAUAAAGAACGAAAGAACAAAGCUGUUAGUCUUCGAAAAAAGCUUGUUCAAAAGAAACUUCCAAUUUUAGAGAAUAAGGCUCCAGAGAAAGUUCCACACAAAUCAGGACCUGUCAGAGUAUCUCUGGGAGAAAUAAAGAAUUUGCUGAGAUCAAAUAAUAAUGAAGAUAAUAAACAAACGGAAGCAGAUCAAACAUAUACUGAUGUUAGCAAAUCAUUCGUGGAGCAAAAAAAUAAACAACUUGCAGACUAUCUCAAUUUUUCUGACACAUUUGACGUCUUGUCUGAAACCGAGAGAUUAUCAAGUGUUGGAAAUGACGUUCCAUUGUUUAUGGAUUUAGAACCCACACAUUUUUCGAAGCCACCCCAAUAUUCAUACAAGAGAAAACGUGCUGUGAAAUUUGAUUUUUCAGAAGACAGUAGUGAUAAUGAAGAAGAAAAGGAUAAAGAAAAUAUCAAAUCACGUCCGAAGAAAAAAAAACAUAUAAAAUCAGAGACAGAGCAGGAAAAAAGAAUAAACGAAUGGGUAAAAACGGUUAAUAGCACAUUCCAAGAAAUUGAGGAGUAUGACUUAGUAAUAGAAUAAUAAUAUAGGAGAAAAAUGGAUUGUUACUGCACAUAUUUUAAAAUUUUAUAAGACCUGAAGAGUUCAAAAAUUUAAUGAAUUAACAAACAGUUUUUCUUGUCUUUCGAUUUAUCCUUAAAUAUUUAUGAUAACAAUGUUUAAAACACCACGUCUCUCCUUUAUAUUCUUUUGAUAUUUUUUUCGCAUGAAAUUUUAUGAUUUACAAUAGAAAAAAUUAAUAUCGAAAUAUAAAUUUAAAUCUUUAGAUUAUUAAUUCAAAAAACCUGGCGUUAUCUUACAUUUUUCUAAGUUUUAUUAAAAAUUUAUUUUUAAAAAUCUUUUAAAGAUUUCUUUACGUAUAUCUUAUAUUUAUGUUAAAUGUAAUUUUUACGACUGUAUAAUAAUAGAAAUUAAGCUUACAUAUAUAUUAAUAAUCGCAGUAAACUAUACACUUGUAGACAGAGGUCAGUAUGUCACGAGCAUGUUGUACAUAAUAAAAUAUUUGUAACUUA